AUGCCUGAGAUAAGAGAAGCCUCUCUUCAGAGACAAGUGAACGAAGGCAUCUUUCCACAGAUGGAGGUGACUCCACAGACGGAGCAGGAGAUGGAAGAGCAGGAUCCAGAAAGACCUGGGACUGGAAAAAGAAUACUCCCUUCCAGUGUGCAAUCUCUGCCUGGCCUGACCUCUGAUGAGGGAAUCUGCUUUUUCUUCCAGGGUCCCUUUUCCUUUGAGGAGGUGUCCGUCCCUUUCACGGAGGCAGAGUGGGCCCUACUGGAUCCGGACCAAAGAGCUCUGUACAGGGAAGUCAUGCUGGAGAACUACGGGAACGUGGCCGAUGAUCCGACGAAUGAGGAGGGUGAGGAACUACGUCUGCGUUUACCGGAUAAAGUUAUUAAUAAAGACAUGAAAGGAAAUGUAAGGUAUCAAGGCAGACCCAAGAGAAAGAAGGACAGCCAUUUUGUUGAGAAGAGAAAUGGAAGAAGGCAUAAUGUACUUUUCCCCAAGCGCAAUAGAAUGGAGAUGAGUCAGUCCAUUAAGUAUGGAAAGGACAUAAGAUAUAGAUCACAGCUUCUAGUGAACCAAAGAAUAGAAAAACGACAUAAAUCUUUUGAAAACUCAAAGUGUGGAAAGAAAGUCAGUCAAAAUGGCAAGCUUCAGCAGCGUCAAAGAACUCACAAAGAGGAUAAACAGUUUGAAUGCUCAGCAGGUGGAAAGAAAUUCGUGUUCAAUGGCAAUCUUCAGCAGCAUCAAAGAUCCCACACAGGGGAGAAACCUUUUGAAUGCACAGAGUGUGGAAAGAGAUUCAGUACAAGUGGCAGCCUUCAACUGCAUCAGAGAACACACACAGGAGAGAAACCUUUUGAAUGCUCAGAAUGUGGAAAGAGAUUCAGUCACAGUGGCAACCUUCAACUGCAUCAGAGGACCCACACAGGGGAGAAACCUUUUGAAUGCUCAGAGUGUGGAAAGAGAUUCAGUCAGAGUGGCAACCUUCAAUUGCAUCAGAGAACCCACACAGGAGAGAAGCCUUUUGAAUGCUCAGAAUGUGGAAAGAGAUUCAGUCACAGUGGCCGCCUUCAACUGCAUCAGAGAACCCACACAGGAGAGAAACCUUUUGAAUGCUCAGAAUGUGGAAAGAGAUUUAGUCACAGUGACACUCUUCAAAAGCAUCAGAGAAUCCACACAGGAGAGAAACCUUUUGAAUGCUCAGAGUGUGGAAAGAGAUUCAUGUGGAGUAGUAGUCUUCGAUGGCACCAGAGAACCCACACAGGAGAGAAACCUUUUGAAUGCUCAGAGUGUGGAAAGAGAUUCAGUCACAGCAGCAAUCUUCAAAAGCAUCAGAGAACCCACAGAGGAGAGAAACCUUUUGAAUGCUCAGAAUGUGGAAAGAGAUUCAGUCAGAGUGGCCAUCUUCAAAGGCAUCAGAGAACCCACACAGGAGAGAAACCUUUUGAAUGUUCAGAAUGUGGAAAGAGAUUCGGUUACAGUAGCACUCUUCAAACGCAUCAGAGAACCCACACAGGAGAGAAACCUUUUGACUGCUCAGUAUGUGGAAAGAGAUUCAGUCAGAGUGGCAACUUUCAACUGCAUCAGAGGACCCACACAGGGGAGAAACCUUUUGAGUCCUUAGAGUGUGCAAAGGGAUGA